AUGACUGUCAUGGCUGGGGACAACCUGGACGAAACUUUGGCUUUGCCAGGCCACCCUCAGGACAGCUACCGGCCAGGGUCUCACGAGGACCACGAGUGCUGUGAGCGGGUGGUGAUUAACAUUGCUGGCCUGAGGUUCGAGACGCAGCUGAAAACCCUCGCUCAGUUCCCCAACACUUUGCUGGGGAACCCCAAGAAACGCAUGCGGUACUUUGACCCACUGAGGAACGAGUAUUUCUUUGACCGGAAUCGCCCCAGCUUCGAUGCCAUCCUCUAUUACUACCAGUCCGGGGGACGGCUCCGCCGGCCAGUAAAUGUUCCUUUGGACAUGUUCUCCGAGGAGAUCAAGUUCUAUGAACUGGGGGAGGAGGCCAUGGAGAAAUUUCGAGAGGAUGAAGGCUUUAUUAAGGAGGAAGAGAGGCCCUUACCUGAGAAGGAAUAUCAAAGACAGGUUUGGCUGCUCUUUGAAUACCCGGAGAGCUCUGGGCCAGCUCGGGUGAUUGCCAUCGUCUCCGUCAUGGUGAUCUUAAUCUCCAUCGUAAUCUUUUGCCUGGAAACCUUGCCAGCCUUAAAGGAUCAGGAGAGGGACUAUGGAUUCCACAACCGCACGGACAACUCCACCGUCUACCGCAAACCCAACAUCUUCACCGACCCCUUCUUUGUGGUGGAAACUCUAUGCAUCAUCUGGUUUUCGUUCGAGCUGGUGGUGCGCUUCAUCGCCUGCCCGAGCAAGGCCGAGUUCUUCAAGAACAUCAUGAAUUUCAUAGACAUAGUGGCCAUUAUCCCUUACUUCAUCACUCUGGGCACAGAGAUGGCUGAGCAGGAGGGGCCUCCCAAAGGAGAACAGGCUACCUCUCUGGCCAUCCUGAGGGUCAUCCGACUGGUAAGAGUCUUUCGCAUCUUCAAACUCUCCAGGCACUCUAAGGGACUCCAGAUUCUGGGACAGACGCUCAAAGCCAGCAUGAGGGAGUUAGGUUUGCUUAUAUUUUUCCUUUUCAUUGGGGUGAUCUUGUUCUCCAGCGCAGUGUAUUUUGCUGAAGCUGAGGAAUCUGGGACGUUUUUCGACAGCAUCCCCGAUGCUUUCUGGUGGGCAGUGGUAUCCAUGACCACUGUAGGAUAUGGUGACAUGUACCCUGUGACAAUUGGAGGCAAAAUCGUGGGCUCCUUGUGUGCCAUUGCUGGUGUGCUGACAAUUGCCCUGCCUGUACCUGUCAUUGUGUCCAACUUCAACUACUUCUACCACCGAGAAACAGAAGGGGAGGAACAGGCUCAGUUACUUAAAGUUAGCUCUCCUAACUUAGCCUCUGACUCUGACCUGAGUCGCCGUAGCUCCUCCACCAUCAGCAAAUCUGAGUAUAUGGAAAUUGAAGAGGAUGUGAAUAAUAGCAUAGACAAUUUCAGGGAGGCCACCCUCAGAACUGGCAACUACACCUUAGCCAACCAAAACUGUGUCAACAAAACCAAGCUGCUGACAGAUGUUUAG